CAGCAAAGCGCCACUGCUACGUCACUUCCGUCGGAACCACAGAAGAAGAAGGAGGAGAAGCAGGAAGUGUCGGAAGUGCAGUCAGAACAUUAGCCUGCAGGCUAACGCUCUCUGAUAUGACGUUUCUAAGCUAAAAAGUGUGCAACCUGUGUUGACCUCAGCAGGCGUUGCCGAGGGCGAUGGCUCUGAUCGAAGGCGUCGGAGACGAGGUGACGCUGCUGUUCGGCUCUCUGCUGCUCCUCCUCGUACUGCUGCUUGCCUGGAUCUCCACCCGCACCUCCGAGCCACCAGAGCACCUGUUCGCCUCCACAGCAGGCCCCGCCCCCUCACUGAGGAGCAGCCCCACUCACCAAGACACACCCACCUCUUCCACCAACACCAGCUCUUCAUCACCCUCCUCCUCCCACCACUUGGGCUCUGUGAGUGACAGUUCUCAGACAGACGCUCUGCCUACCCACACCUCCACCCAAGAGGAGAAAGGAGGAGGGGAGGGGGGCGGGAGGGGAGAAGCAGGAGGUGGAGAUGGUGUGAGGAGCAGGGGAGGAGAAGGAGAAGGAGGAGCAGCAGAGUCUCCAUCCUCUCAGAGGAACAUGGUGGUCAGACUGAAGUUUCUGAACGACACGGAGAGAACAGCUCAGGUCAAACCGCAGGACACCGUCGGAUAUAUCAAACGGACCUACUUUGCGGGUCAGGAGCAGCAGGUGCGGCUAAUCUAUCAGGGUCAGCUGCUGCAGGAUGACGCUCAGACUCUGGCCUCUCUGAACCUGGUCCAUAACUGCGUCCUGCACUGUCACAUCUCCCAGCAUGCCAGCCGGGGGUCUGCAGGGGGCCCCCGGCCUGCCGACCAAGUGCAAGUGGCUCUGAAUGUGGGCAGCCUGAUGGUCCCCCUGCUGGUCCUCAUGCUGUCCGUGCUGUGGUACUGUCAGAUCCAGUACCGGCAGUUCUUCACCGCCCCGGCCACGGCCUCCCUGGUCGGAGUCACCAUCUUCCUCAGCUUGGUGGCCUUUGGAGUCUACCGCCGCUAGCUGCUCUCUGAUUGGCUGCUGCCUCUGUCUGUGAUGUCUGACCUCUGAGUCAGCUGGGACUUGAAUCUGCAGGAUGAAACAGAUGCUGAUAGUUAAUGUCUGUUUUUCUGUUGCCAUGGAGAGACUGAGUGUUAAUGAGGACUUUAAUUUUUAUUUUUAGAUCACAGUUUCUCUGUAGGUUUCUCAUCAUUGUGCCUCUUUUACUUUGUGGUUUCGCUUGUUUGUUCUGCUCCUAAAGGGGGUCCAUGUCAGACCAGCACUAGACUGUAGACCGGACCCUUUUGUCUGUCUGAACAGGAGAGGAAAGUGUAUAUUAAAUUACAAGUUUUGAAGAGAAAGAAAUUCUAUUAAAUCAUUUAUUUAU